AUGGGAGUCAUCUUGCACGAGAAUUUCGACCUCAUCCGACUUGAAUACGUGGCCGCGUCUUGUCGAAUGAGUCGCGAUUUGGGCGUUGGUGUCAUUCCUCCACACUACGGCGGCUGCAUGUUCAGCCAUCCGCGCCCAGAGCAGUCUGCCAGCUUCCCCGAUGUAGUCGACUUGCGCGCAACUGCAUCAAAUCUGAUAAACAAUUGUCCUUAG